AGGCACAAGGAGGAGGAGGGGCAGAGAGAAAGAGAGUGCAGGAACAGGACAAGUUGGAGUGGUCUGAGGAGAGAGAGAGAAAGAAAGGAUCAGCAGAGAAUGCGGAGGCCGUGCUCUCUGCCAGAACACGAGGUGGUUCUAGGUAAGGCCCAGAGCAGCAACUCAGUUACAGAGGAGCGUGAGGAGGAGCGGAGGAAUGGAGAGCUCAGAGAGCAAGACGCAGGAGCCCAGCUCGAAGGCAGCUUUGUGGGGGGGCACACCGCAAUACGACUAUGUCUGCUUUGAGAAAUGCACCCGUCUCGGGAUACCUGUGGAGGCAGGACACGAGGCCGGGGCGACAGGGGACGACCUGCGCUCCCCAGAGAACUCCCUCAGCUACCCACAGCUUUACGGUCGAUACACAGACCAGAUAACAGAUAACAUUUCAGACAAGGAAGCAGCAAAGCUACUGAAGAAACAGGCCCAAAGGAACAAUGGAAGACCCCUGAAACGUGACAGUCAAGUACAGAUCAAAGAGGAGCACUAUUCCAAAUGUCAAGACUGUGCUAAGCGCAUCCAGAAAUAUGUUACCAGGAAGCUUGGAGAGGACUGGAUUUUCUUGGUUCUGUUGGGUCUGGUCAUGGCGUUGGUGAGCUGGGGAGUGGAUUAUGCCAGUGCAAAGACCGUACAGGCCUACAAGUGGACCUACAGAGCACUGCACCCGAACAUCCCUCUGCAGUACGCCGUGUGGGUUGCCUUCCCGCUCGGCCUCAUUCUGUUUGCGGCCAGUUUCUGCCACUUCGUCUCUCCACAGGCUGUUGGGUCUGGGAUCCCAGAGCUCAAGACCAUUAUGAGGGGAGUGGUCCUCAAGGAGUAUCUCACUCUCAAAGCUUUUGUGGCCAAAGUUGUGGCACUCACAGCUGGGCUUGGAAGUGGCAUGCCUGUGGGGAAAGAGGGUCCUUUUGUGCAUAUUGCCAGUAUCUGUGCCGUGGUACUCAGCAAGUUCAUGUCGAUCUUCUGUGGGGUGUAUGAGCAGCCCUAUUAUUACACAGAUGUCCUGACUGUGGGGUGUGCUGUGGGUGUUGGCUGCUGCUUUGGGACACCACUUGGAGGGGUUCUUUUCAGCAUCGAGGUCACUUCCACCUACUUUGCUGUGCGCAAUUAUUGGAGAGGCUUCUUUGCAGCUACCUUUAGUGCCUUUGUGUUCCGAGUCCUUGCUGUCUGGAACAAGGAUGCAGUUACCAUCACAGCACUGUUCAGAACAAACUUCCGUAUGGAUUUCCCCUUUGAUCUGCAAGAGCUGCCAGCAUUUGCUGUAAUAGGCAUAUGUUCUGGAUUCCUUGGAGCCUUUUUCGUUUACCUCAAUCGCCAAGUGGUCCUGGGCAUCCGACGCCAUAAAGCUCUGAGCCAGUUUCUCACCAAAUACCGACUGAUAUACCCUGCGGUUAUAACAUUCUGUAUAGCAUCUGUGACGUUUCCUCAUGGAUUUGGGCAGUUCAUGGCAGGAGAGUUGAUGCCACGGGAAGCCAUCAGCACUCUCUUUGAUAACUAUACCUGGAUCAAACACUCUGGGGACACCCAGAUCCUAGGGAAAUCUGCUGCCUGGAUCCAUCCUAAAGUGAGCGUCUUCGUCAUCAUCCUGCUCUUCUUCCUCGUGAAGUUCUGCAUGGCUGUUAUUGCCACCACGAUGCCAAUCCCCUGUGGAGGCUUCAUGCCUGUUUUCGUAUUAGGUGCUGCAUUUGGACGUCUCAUUGGGGAAAUCAUGGCAUCGCUUUUUCCCAACGGGAUCCUCUUUGAUGACAUUCUUUAUCAAAUCUUACCUGGAGGGUAUGCUGUCAUUGGUGCAGCAGCUUUGACAGGAGCGGUGAGCCACACUGUCUCCACCGCCGUCAUCUGCUUUGAGCUGACGGGUCAGAUCUCCCACAUCCUGCCCAUGAUGGUGGCUGUCAUUCUAGCCAACAUGGUGGCCCAGAGUUUGCAGCCCAGCCUCUAUGACAGCAUCAUCCAGGUGAAGAAGUUGCCCUACCUGCCAGACCUGGGCUGGAAUCACAUAAGCAAAUACAAUAUCUUUGUUGAGGAUAUUAUGGUCCAGGAUGUGAAAUUUGUUUCCUCCAACUGUAAAUACCGAGACUUGCAAGCAGUACUUCAAAGCACCACAGUGAAAUCCUUGCCUUUGGUGGACUCGCCAGACACCAUGAUCCUCCUGGGGUCCGUGGAGCGAUCGGAACUGCAGGCUCUGCUCCAGACACACCUGAGCCCAGAGCGGCGACGGCUCCUCAAUGGAGAAAUGCAGCAGAAGCUGAAUGAGGCACCCUACAAUGGACCCUGGGCAGACCUGCCAAAGCUGAAACACGAAUCUUUUGCUUAUGUCGAUGAGGAUGAGGAUACAGAUGAGAAGGGAGAGCUGCCUCGGCCUCCAAGUCCCACUCCCAGCUACCCAGAGGAGCCAAAUGGCCCAACAAGUCCUCUUAAACAAAUGUCUGAAACCUUGGAGCCCCAGCAACACUCAGGCAGUUUCAGGAGCCUGAGGCAACUGAUCCAGCAGCUCUUGUGCCACUGCAGCCGGCCACAUGAAACAGAGAGCACCAUCCAGGAGCCAGUGGAAUUCAUUGAGACAAUGACACCAGAGGAGAUAGAUGCUUGGGAACAGGAGGAGCUGAACAAGAAUGUGUGCUUUGACAGCUGCCGCAUAGAUCCCUCCCCUUUCCAACUGGUGGAGAGAACUUCCCUGCACAAGACACACACAUUGUUCUCACUGCUGGGCCUCACCCACGCCUACGUAACCAGCAUGGGGAAGCUGAGGGGAGUGUUGGCCUUGGAAGAGCUCCAGAAGGCAAUCGAGGGCUCCACCCGCUCCGGGGUCCGUCUCCGACCACCCCUUGCCAGCUUCCGCGACAUCAACCGGACUUCCACCAGCAGUAAGGUGGGGCAGGGCGCUCAGGCGUGGAGCCGGGAAGACAACGGCACGGAAGCAGCUCAGCCAGCAGCCGGCCUGGGCACCGAGAGCCCUCUGCCCCCCUGCUCACACUCCCCACAGCCCUCACACUCGCAGGAAGAGGGGGAGGCCCCCAGCUCCGCUUGUGCCACGGAUACCGAGUUGGAAGAGAUGGAGCUGACAGGGCCAGUUGCUGAAAACAUCUCAGACAUCCUCAAGGACAUAAACCUAUACACCACUGACCUGGAUGAAGAUGAAGAUGAGGAUGUUCCCUUAUAGCGGGUGUGAGGGCAGCAGCCCAUCACACUCUUCAGUGAGCCAGUCUUCUUGUGUUUGCUCCUCAAAGAGAAGCUUUCGGAUGUUCUUUGCAAUCCCCACAGAGGAAUGAUUCAGCAGGGAGGAGGGACACCAGACUGACCCCUCCUCCUGAUGCUUUCCCUCCGCGCAGGCUGUGGGGCUGCUGGGCUAUUCGGGCAUGUGCAGCUGUCAGAUGUGGACUGCAAGGUGCCAGGGCAGAGCAUGCUGUAACAGGACAUGGAUACUGCUGGACACAGUCGGGAUGCUCUGGGUCCCUCUGCCAUGUGGAAAGUGGAGGAGGAUCAGUUCCCACUCGCCACUGGUGCCGUCCUUCCAGUCACACCGGGCCUGCACGCAGCCAGACCUCCAGCCUAGAAGCAUACUGCUGCCUCUGACUGCCACCCUGACCAUGUUGCUGCAGCUCCUUUUCACUGGCUCUUAUCCUGCACACCUCCCCCACCCCCAAACAUUCCCACGUAGAACAUUUUUAUUCUUUCUCAAUUUUUACUCUGGGAUUUCCCUGGAUGGGGAUGCAGUUAGGAGCUUCUCCUCUGUCCUAUAGCUGAGCCGUGCCCUAAAAACAGAUGGGAGGAAAAUACUUGGUAUAUGUCUCAUGUGUCAAAUUCAGCCAAGGCUUUAGAAAACACUGGAAGGAAGAAAAGCUUCUUUGUUUUCCCACCAUCUCUGGAAUUUUGAAACAGAAUGGGAAAAUCUUAAGUGAGGGCAUCCUCAGUGCUGGGGGGAGAGGAGUAAAACAGCAUAUAUGUACCUAUAUUUCAAACAACUGCGUUUGUCUCACUGAAUCACUGUUCACAAUUUUCCACAGUUAUAGUCUUAAAAUAUAAGAACUCAAGAAAAAAAUAAUUAUGGCGUGUUAGCAGGCUGCCAAGAAAUACAGCAGAGGGAAGACACAUUUUCUACACUUUGAAAACAGGUUUCUUUCUGAAAACUCCUGCUCGCUUUCCUGGUAAUUCUACCCUGCCUACUUUCCACAUAUUUCUGCAUACCUCAGAUCUGAGAAUUCCAGCUCUCACUUUUGCCAGCUUGUCUCUGUUGUGACUAACAGCAGAGACCUCAACCCUUGUCUGCAGCAUCCCUCCCUAUUCCAGUUCUAAAUCUGGAGCAGAUCUGCAUCUUGCAAAAAGACGUCUUGUCAGUUCGUGUCAUGCAUGCAAAACCUUGGCAUCCAAAGGUAAGAUGCUGCUUUGUUUAAUUCACCGCUCUUGUGAGGUUUUCUCAGUAAACAGGCAAAACCAAAUCCUGUGUAUUCUGCAGCUUCUUCUACCAGUCCACAUCUCUUUCUACCCUAUCUUUGGUGUUUCAUAGCACUUGAAUGCAGUCCCAAGCAGCCCAUUAGAUUUGUUUUCAACAGAGAGGAAAUCCAGGAUCUGAAAAUACAUUCUUGGGGCUAUUCUCAUUCCCCUUCCUGAUAUUAG